AAGAACCGGGAGAAACACUACGGGGAGCAGAACCGGGAGGAAAAGAAACACCGGGAGCAGCCCCGGGAGGAAGAGGAGCCCCGGGAGCAGCCCCGGGAGGAAGAGGAGCCCCGGGAGGAGCCCCGGGAGCAGCCCCGGGAGGAAGAGGAGCCCCGGGAGCAGCCCCGGGAGGAAGAGGAGCCCCGGGAAGAGGAGCCCCGGGAGCAGCCCCGGGAGGAAGAGGAGCCCCGGGAGCAGCCCCGGGAG